UCCGAACAAGAAAGUCCCUUGCCAAGAAGGACAUUGCAAGCAUUAACAAGUGGAGGUUUAUGAAGCUAAAGGAACAUAUGCAAGGAGAUAUUGAUGUUGAAAAUGAAGCAUAUGAUAGGUACACACAGAAUAUUGGAUUGCUGGAGGAAACAUUCUAUCUCAAAGAAGAUUCUUCUGGUGAACAUGAAACUGAAGCAACUUCCUCAGAAGAAAUGAUGGAAAUAAUGGUCUCUGAGGCAAAGGUGAGGUUAAAAUCUGAUGGUGCAAAUGCAGCUGGCUUUAAAGAGAGGAUUGCCACUGUCUUGGACCAGAAGCUGAAGAAACUGCAAGAGAAGAACAGUGCCUACGAGGAUGACAACUCCUCUGACCAAAAUCUAGAUGACCAUACAAAGCUGGUGAAGUGGAACAUAAAACAGCAAACAGUGAGAAACGCGAAAACAAACGAGCUGCUUGGUAAGUUGACAAAAGCACAGAGUGAGGAUGAUUUGAAGCCUUGCCUCAAUAUCAUGGCGCAGCUGUUUGGGAAGGAGAUUGCUUCCUCCUCCAUGGGCACAUCAAACAAGUCAAGCGACCAAGAAUCAACCCCCGCAGUUGCGCCCACUUAUUCAUUUCCAAAGCUCACAACUAGGCUGGAGGUAGACGAGAACAUGAUGUCUAAGAUCAACGAGUUAUCUUCUUUGAGUCAGGUUGUUCAGCUGUAAUCUGGGACCUGGACUGGUCCUAUGCCUCCAAACCCCAGAGGCAUGUCGUGAAUACAAAAUGUGGACUGGUUUCUUGCUGUCUGAUAACGUCAAAACGUAAGCAGUACUGUUUAUCUAGUCUUUCCGUACUGUCUUGAAUAAUGUGACGAACUGUUUCCAACGAAGUAAAAAAAACACCAUGGGAGCAAUGGAGUUUUUUUUUAA